AUGACAUCAAAUGAGUUAGGUCACUCCAAUAAUUCUAAUCCUACAACAACGACAACAUCGAGUACUACAAAAACCAAACCUUCGAGAUCAUCAACCAUCAAGGAUAGUAAAUCUACUUUUAUUGGAAAAUCGGCGAAUUAUCAUGCUCAAUUAACUAAAUCAUUAUUUCAAAAUUAUAAUAAAUCUCAUCAAGCUUUACAAUUGAAAAACAAUUCUACAAUGCAACAAUUUAAUAAUUUUGAUCAAUCUUAUAAUUUGCCAGAUUUUAUAGAUUUCAAACCAUCUGAUAAAUUGAAUUCUGUAACUAAUAACAAUCAUAAUUCAUUUUCACAAUUAGAUAAUAAUUAUUUUAUAGAUAGAGGUUCAAUAUCAGUCCCAUCAUCAAGAAUUGAAAAUUAUUAUACAAAUAAUACUAUUGAAGAAGAAAUUCAACAAAUUAUUCAAAAUCAUGAAGAUUUACAUUAUUUUGAUCAAAAUUCAAAUUAUAAUGAUUUAAAUAAUAAUAAUGAACUUUUUAAUAGGAAUAAUGAUCAAAAUAGUAAUAAUAACGAUAAAGAAUAUGGAUAUACUUUAAAUAAUGACAUUGUAGAUGUUGGGAAAUCAGACUCAGUUGAUCUGAAUUUAAAAAAUUUAAACAACCAUAAUAACAAUAAUCAUAACCAGCAUUCAUCUAAUGAGUUUGAUUAUCAACAAUCCCUAUAUUCCCAGAAUCCUCAAAGCCUAUCUCAUAAUCAUGAUCAUCAUCAACAAUCUCAUCAUAAUUACGAUGCCAACCUAAAUUCCAAUCAACAAUACCCUCAAUCUCAGUAUAAUGAGCAUAGUUACAAUCAAAGUCAUCAACUACAGCACAACAAUCCACAUUCAAAUCAUCAUCAACAGCCUCAUCCAAAUCAGAAUCAUCAGCAUCAAAAUUUAGCUCCUAAUCAUCAACAACUUUCGCAGGAUCAAUAUAAUCCCUCCAGCCAUCAUCAACAACUUUCGCAGGAUCAAUAUAAUCCCUCCAGCCAUCAUCAACAAGCCUAUGAUCAUCAACAACCUCAUCAUCGUUCCAUAAAUACGUAUAACUUACCUGAUCAUGCGGUUCCCAAUGAUAUUCCCAAUUACUCAAGUAAUCCACAAACAAUGUUUGAAACAUCAAAUUCACAAUCUCAACCACAACACCAACUUCCUCAAUCACAACAACAACAACAUUUUGAACCUAAAUUGAAAAUGAAAAGAGGAAGACCAAGAAAAAAACCUGGAUUUUAUUUAAAAUUAGAUGGAGUUAAUAAAAAACCAACUAUGUUGAAUAGAAUGAUAUCUUCAUCACAAUCUGAUUCAGGUACAGAUUAUUGGAAUAGAACUCCAUUAAAUGGACCAAUUGGGAUUUCAAAAUUAUCAUUUACACCAGCGCAACAAGAUGAUUAUGAAUUGAAAAAAGAUAUGGAAUUGAAUGAUAAUUAUGGUAGUGUUGGUGGUGUUGGAGGUAAUAAUCAAAAUAUCCCUGCUUUUAAUUUAACUCCAUCAAUUGAACCACCAAUUGGUACAAAUAGCUAUUUUGAAUUAGAUAAUACUCCAAAAAAUGAAAGUUUAAAUGGUGGUGGGUUUUUUUCACCUGCAAUAAAUGAAAACAAUAAUAAUAAUAAUAAUGAUACUAAUCAUUUUAAUCAAACUUUUGAAGCUUAUUUACAAUCUGAUCCAUCACAUUUGCAACCACAUCAAUUUAAUGAAAAUCAUCAUAGAACUUUAUCUGGACAUCAAAAUCAAAAUCUGCAUCAACUUCUGCAACAGCAUCAGCAACACCAACAGCAGCAGCAAACGUAUCAGCAGCCGCAAAAUCUUCAUCAUCAGCAUCAACAUCCACAACAGCAGCCUCCUCAUCAACAACAUCAUCAACAUCAGCAGCAUCAGCAACAACAACACCAACACCAACCUCCUCACCAACAACAAUCAAAUCCAUCAUUCACCCCUUUAAAUUUCGAUGUAUUUAAUAGCUCAGAUCAACAUGAUCAUACAACCUCAAUUCAAAAUGAUGAUUAUCAUUCAUUUGAGGAAGAUGAUCCAUUAGGAUCUGAAUUUGAUGAACAAUUUACUGUAUCACAAUAUAUGGGACCAGAAGAUGAAAUAAAUGAUAAAAAUUAUUUAAAUUUACAUAAAACAAAAUCAAAUCAUUCAAUAAAUAGUGUAAGUUCUGAUAAAUCAAUUACAGCAACAACAGGAACAACAUCAACCUCAACAUCAAUUACUCCUAAAACUAAAAAGAGAGUAGCAAAAGGAGCAGUAUGUCCAGUUUGUGAUAAAUAUAUAAGUAGAGAUUUAACUCGUCAUAUGAGAAUUCAUAAUGAAAUUGGAAGAUUUCAAUGUGUUUAUCCAAAACAUAUGUGUAAUCAUAAAACUCAAAAUUUUAAUAGACCAUAUGAUUAUAAAAAACAUUUAUUACAUCUGCAUUUUAAAUUUGAUGAUCCAAAGGGAAAAAAUGCAAAUACUUUAGGUGAUAAAUUACCUAUACCUGGUUGUUGUAUUGCUUGUGGUUCAAGAUAUAUUGCAAAUGAUUGGUUAAAUGAACAUGUUUUAACUAAAGAUUUGAAUAAAAGAUGUGCUUAUGUUGAAGAAUAUCAACAUCAACCUAAUUCAAAUAGUAAUAAUAAUGAUUUUAAUUGA